GGUUCUGGCGGCGGCAAGGGCGACAAGGGCGGCAAGGGCAAGUCGUUCGACAAGGGCGGCAAGGGCAAGUCCUUCGACAAGGGCGGCAAGUCGUUCGACAAGGGCGGCAAGGGCAAGUCCUUCGACAAGGGCGGCAAGUCGUUCGACAAGGGCGGCAAGGGCAAGUCCGACAAGGGUGGCAAGGGCAAGUCUUUCGACAAGGGCAGCAAGUCCUUCGACAAGGGCGGCAAGUUUGGCAAAGGCGGCGGCAAGUGGUGAGCGGGCUGCCGCUCCUGUGGCUGCCGAGGCCGCGGGCCGCCCGCGACCGGCGCCAGCCUGCGCCGCUGCGGGGGUCCUCGCCGCCUGCGCGGCGUGUGCGGCAGGCCGACGCGGGGGCGGCCCUGCUUCCCCCGAGCGGGACCCCGACUGCAGGCCGCCGCCUCCCCACAGGCCGGCCGGCUGCGCCGACACGGUUGCCCUCGGGGCCUCCACCGCGGGGAAGUGGGACGGCUGGUGCUGGUCCUGGCUCCCACCAGCAGAGUGUCCAGGACCCGGCGGCCGCUCGCCCGCCGCGGGGGCCGCGCGCCCGCCUGCGGCGUGGGCCGCCCCCCGGACCGCCUCGGGGGCCGCCGGCGAGCCGCCGUGGGAGGCUCGAGGCCUCUGAGUCAGAUAACGCUGCCUGCGGCAGGCCCCGCCACCGCGCCGGGCGCGGCGUCGAGAGGUGCGCGCCGGGUGGCCCUGCCGAGCGCCUCCCAGGAGGGCUCGGCGGAGCCAUCCUCGGGCGGCCGGGGAAGCAGCGCCGGGCGGCUGCCGCGGGGCGUGGCGGUGGUUCUGCCGAGCUCUCCCGGCGCCGAUCUCGGGUCCAUCUGUGCAGCGCCGCUCUGCCGAGACCUCACGGUGGGCACACCCAAGCAAGCCUCAGCGUGCCAAGCGCGCGGCGGGGGGCCUACUCGGUGCGUAUCACCCUGCAGAGGAGAGGCCAGGCUGGCGGCUGACGCCGGCGCCAAAUUAGCUCAGUAUCCUUCGCUGGCCGGAGCACUCGCCGCAUGAACUGCGUGGCUUCACUCGUUGCAAGCAUCGUCUGCUCGCACGUUUUCUUUCCGACCGCGGGCCGAUGCUAUUAACGUUAAUCCGUUGUUUCGCACAGAAAUGAGU